ACAACAGCCUUCUUUCAGCCGUCUGACUGGCAGUGUGCAGCAAAGGAGGCGCAGGGUCUCACAUCGUAUUGAACCUACUUUUAAACCUAGGAAUGGUAUGACGGGAAAAAAAUGAGCAGUUUUGAAACAGAAACUUUAAAACCUUGAUACCAGUAACCAGCUCUAAAUCUCAAUUUUAAGGUUUGUUAUUAUUCAUCACUUAAGUGUAGGUUAAAUUUCAGUAACAUUUUGGUGAAAUUUAAUAUUUUAAAACAUAUUGUGCCUGUAAAAUGUAUUUCCACUCUGUUUAAUUAACUAUAAGUGUAACGUAGUAAACUGUCGGCUGUAUCGUGUGCGAACUGCAAAUCUCACGUACGCAAAUGGCGUAAACUGACCCAGAUACGGUUGGAAACGGAGCGUAAAACAGAAAUGGGUUGUAAUUCAGAAAUGCGCACUUUUCGUAAGCAGAGGCAUUGUGCUCAUUCAAUGAGAUCCACACGGACAAUGUUAUUGGUGCAUACGUUGUUUAUUUACGGCAUCUGAGCACGAUUUGAGGCGCACCUUGCAGUAGGUAAGCGGAGCUUUGGGAAUCGAGCUGCGGACGGGCUUCACAUGACCGCAGCGUUACGGAUUUACCAUAUAUGGGUUUGAACCAGCUCAUUUAGCUCUGAUAGCUGAAGCUAAGGCGAAAAGGAGCACUGUGUUUGGAAAAAGUACACAUAAUGGCUGUAUGUUUACACCUUGUGGAUCCUGGACUUCACACCACAGCUCAGGUAGAAAAAUACUGUUUCCAACGGCCUGCUGUCAAAAGCACAAGCACUAAAUAUGGUGAGGCUGGACCUGGACCAGAUAGUGAUGAGGAGGAUGAAGGACGACGACAUUGAAAUAGUCAAAGCCCUCGUUAAGGAGGGUUGUGAGGGCACAGAGAACCGUCUCAUCUUACACAUUCUCACACGUCCACUAUGCCUCUUCAUCCUGGCGGUCUUCUCCUCAAUCCUGCGCUGCCUCGUCCACUCCUUCAUCCUGGCCCUCGCUAUCCCAGUGUUCCUGCUGAUUGUUUUUCUCAAGAUCACCAUGCCGCGGUCCACGGGGGUACUGGGCAGCAGCCGCCCCUACUGGGACUAUGUGGGCAGCAGCUACAGAGGCCAAAAGGAUGAGAUGCUGCAGAAUCCUUGCUGCCGGAUCAGUGGGAAAACAACAGGCACAAAAAAGCAAAGGCGCAGGAUUGGAUCUAAAGACAAAGACAAGGAGAUUUCAGAGGAGAUCACUGCAGAGAGAGAGCAAGCAGCAGGUCAGGUGUGGGUGGCAGACUGCGAUGGGGAUAUCGUGGGCUGCAUCUUCCGUGAGAGCGAGACACGGCCAGGCGUGAGGAGGAUCUGCAGACUUGUGACGGGCUGCUGGUAUCGCAGAGAGGGCCUAGGUCGACUGCUGGUCCAGAGUCUGGAACUAAAGGAGAGGGAGACCGGUGCAUGGAGAGUGUACGCGCACGUCCCCUACCCGUCCAAGGUGGGGGAAGCCUUCUUCAGGAAAGUAGGGUAUCGGCAUGUGGGGGAGGGGACUAAUGAAGAAGACGAUGAUGAGAUAAAGAAAGAGACUCCAGAGAGAGGUUUUAUGGGAUACCCACUCACUAAGGUGUUCUACAAAGAUUUGUGAUUGAUGAUCGAGUCAAGGCAAUUAAGAAAUGCAAACGUUAGAUCCCUGCUGAGUGUGAUAAUGGCAAAUGUUUACUUGUCAAUGCUUAAAUUAUGGGUUAUUUAUAAAAGUAUUUAUUUACCAUGUAUAAUGACAUCAUUUCAUUUAAAAUGGCAUCUCCAUUUUGAUAAAACAAAUGGUUUUUCUUUAUUUAUUCAUGCAAAAAAGACAUUACCAAGCCUGAGACGUGCUGUACUCUACACGUUUCAUCAAGUAAACUAUUUCUGUAAAAUCUGUUUUCUAAA